GACUCAGAGAGAUGGCUACUGGUUUCACGGCGUGCUCUGCCAUGGACAAGGCAAAGGUGCUAUUGGAGAUUGUGAGGGGAAGAUGGUUCAUGGUGUUUGCUUCUUUACUUAUUAUGUCUGCAUCUGGUUCUUCCUAUCUCUUUGCCAUCUACUCCCCAAGCAUCAAGUCCUCUCUGGGCUACACCCAGCAGACGCUCAACACUCUGAGCUUCUUCAAGGACCUCGGCGCCAACGUAGGCAUCCUCUCCGGCCUCAUCAAUGAGGUCACUCCCCCUUGGGUGGUGCUCGCCAUAGGAGCCGCCAUGAACCUCGGUGGCUACCUCAUGAUGUGGCUCGCAGUCACCAGACGCAUCUCCCAGCCCAAGCUGUGGCAGAUGUGCCUCUACAUGUGGAUCGGCUCCGACUCUCAGUCCUUCGCCAACACAGGAUCCCUCGUCACCUGCGUCAAGAACUUCCCGCAGAGCCGCGGCAUGGUGCUUGGCCUGCUUAAGGGAUUCAUGGGGCUCAGUGGAGCUAUCUUCACACAGCUCUACAAUGCCAUCUAUGGCCACGACCCGGAGGGACUCCUUCUUCUCAUCGCUUGGCUUCCUGCUGUCACUUCGAUGCUCUUCCUCCCAGUAAUUCGGAUUAUGAAGACAGAACGCCAAAAGAACGAGCAGAAAGUCUUCUACUCGUUCCUCUACAUUGCGCUUGCUCUCGCUGGCUACCUCAUGAUAAUGAUCAUCCUUCAAAGAAGAAUUCACUUCACAGCUUCAGCUUACAGAAGCAGCGCUGCCAUCGUUGUGUUGCUGCUCUUUCUUCCCCUCGCCAUUAUUGUGAGCGAAGAGAUCUCAAAAAUGAAUCAAUCCCCAAUUCCUUGUGACACAGCUAGCGGGUUAAAAGAACCAGCGAAGCAACAACAGGUGGAGGAAUCACCAGCAGUAGUUUCAGCACCAGCAGAAUCCGGCGGAACUGCUCCACUAAUACCCGAUGGUUCAGUUUCUCGCAUAAAGAGCAUGUUCAGGUCUCCAGACAGGGGAGAGGACUACACCAUACUUCAAGCACUAGUGAGCAUCGACAUGCUAAUCCUGUUCUCUGCAGCCACAUGUGGGGUAGGGGGGACCUUAACAGCCAUUGACAACAUGGGCCAGAUAGGCGAGUCCCUCGGUUACUCGGCGCAGAGCAUCGGAACAUUUGUGUCCCUGAUAAGCAUUUGGAACUUCUCCGGCCGCGUCGCUGCCGGAUUUGUGUCGGAAAUUUUCUUGACCAAGUACCAGUUUCCUCGGCCCCUGAUGCUGAGUGGUGUUCUGUUGCUCGCUUGUGUAGGCCACCUGCUCAUUGCCUUCCCAAUUCCAGGGUCCCUCUACGUUGCUUCCAUCAUCAUUGGCCUAUGCUUUGGGGCACAAUGGCCUCUGCUGUAUGCCAUAAUCUCUGAAAUCUUUGGGCUCAAAUACUACUCUACGCUCUAUAACUUUGGGUCAGUGGCCUCACCAAUAGGGUCCUACAUCUUCAAUGUGAAGAUUGCAGGGCAACUCUAUGACAGGGAGGCCCUGAAGCAGAGGGCUGCCUCUGGGUUGCCCUUUGAGAAUGGGGAAUUGAGCUGCACUGGGGUGCAGUGCUAUAGGCUCUCCUUCAUUAUCAUAACAGCAGCAACCUUCUUAGGGUUCUUGGUGUCCUUGGUGCUGGUGAGGAGGACCAAGAAGUUCUAUGCAGGGGACAUCUAUGCUAGGUUCAGAGUGAAUAAUAACAUGGAGAUGGUGGAUCCCACCUUGGGUGAGACUGAGGAGGAACAAUGUGGUGCUGCACCAGCUGGUCAAGAUCAUAGGACCAAAAAUUGAAGGUGGCACUGUU